AUGGACACUCUCUUUGGACGUAAGAAACCACGCCCUCGCCAGACAUCUGCCGACCUUACAGAACGCUCUGUUCCCUAUGACAAGCUUGGUCCAGCGGCUAGGUCUCCCAUACCUGUCGGGACGGUCUCACAUGGCCUUCGAACGAGCGCGACGAACGGUUCCGCCAUCUCCGCACCCAUAACCAACCCGACGCUAACCAACGAUGGCACGGAACUUAACGUGCGUACAGCGCAGCGGCAGAGGGUCGAAAGGGAACGCUUGUACUCGCAACACUCACGAUCAACGACGAGGUCACCAUUGAUCUCUGCAACAAGCUCCUCCGCCACAUUGUCGAGCGUACCAUCGACCUCGUCUGGUUCCUCAACUUCGUUCACGACCGUCACGGACUCAAGUCGUAUUCGGAGAUCGGGAGCGUCAUCAGAUAGGAUGAGUCCUAGUUUGUCCGAUUUUGGUGGACUUUCAACUACCUCACCCUCUUCAACGUUCAGCAUGGCGAAUGGAGUGCCCGUGCCCAGACCCAUGUCCGUCGCUAGCUCUCGCUCCGAAGGUAAUCGCGUAUCAAAGUAUGCGGCUUCGCUAACGCCAUCGGAUUCUAUGCAAUCACAUUACUCUCACGCUUCACAAAUGUUUCACCACAGCAAGGGCAGCACGCAAGAUGGGUUCGAGUUCGACCGUCCGACCGACGAAGGCGUGGAAGCUCUAUUCGAACAAGUCCGCCUUAAACGUGACUUAGGAGAGUUACCGAGUCUUUCUGUGGAUCAGAAAUGGCAGAUGGUGUACAAUGACGAGCAUAUCCGAUGGAAAGAAGAGAAGAAAAUGGAGGAGCUAACGAGGAAACAGGCGGAAACGGGUGCUCAGAAUGCUUUCGUCAAAGACUCGCCAGAGUGGUAUCUCAAAAAGUUCCUUGAUCAAACCAUAACGCCAAAGCAGGCCGCAAGCUUACUUGUCUCGCUGCGAACGGGUACCGUGAGCUGGUUUCGGCAAUUUUUGGCUAUUCAGGGUACUUCAGUCCUUGCAAAUACGCUACACAAUAUCAGUCGUAAGGGGGUGAAUAGACGAGAUACUGACUUUCAACUCGAAUACGAGGUGUUAAAAUGUCUUCGUCGCAUCCUGAAUUUAGAGAUUGGCGCCAACGAAACACUAGAGCAUCCAUUGAUAGUCAAUCACAUCGCCUCCACCUUGAAUACCUCUCAAAUUUCAUCACGAAAAGUUGCCCUCGAGAUCCUCACUUUUAUGUGCUACUGGAAAGAUGGCGCACAUCACGAGUUGGUGAUUCAAGCGUUGGAAGCGCUCAGCGCAGCAAACAGCGAAAGUGGUCCGUAUGCCUACUGGUUCCACUCGAUGGAAAGUGCCCUUCUUGGUCGGGGCAAGAUGGGUAGCCUUGUCGGAGCUAGUGAGGAAAUUCGGAGGAACGGCGGGCUGGAUAGUUCCUUGAAUGAAUAUGCUCAAGCAAACCUUUUCGUUAUCCAUGCCAUUCUUGAUCAUAUUGAAGACCUUGACUUACGCAUGCACCAUCGGUCGCAAAUGGAGGCCGCCGGGCUCAGGCGUAUCAUGGAUCUUUGCCGCGAAUUCGGUCUUCCACAGAUUGACACUCAAUUGGGUCUCAUUGAGACCUUAAUUGAAGCCGAUGAACGGGCACUACGGGAACAAAUGGACGAAGACAUCCUGCGGGAUUAUGGUAACCCACAGGAUGUCUACAAUGCCCUCAUUGCCAAGACGCAAGGCUCGAAAGCCUUCGAUUACUUUCUCUCGGCGAUGCAACAUCUCCUGCUCAUUCACGAGGAUGGCCAGGCUCUUACACAUUACUUCCAAGUUGUGGAUUCUGUCAUUACAGAUGUUGUCCUUGACAGGCAACUGAAUGGCGCAGAGUCUAAGCUAGGGACUUCAGUAGCGCGGAUCAUUGCCCAGCUGAAUGAGGCUGAGCGCUAUCAGCAUUUGGAAGAGCAGGCCAACGAAGCACGUGGUAAAGCGCUUCAGCUCAAGAUCGAGAAGGAGGCUCUUGAAGAGGAAGUCUCUCAAGGUUCUGACGGACUUGUAGGCCGAUUAAAGGACAAGGUAUCUCAACUCGAGGAAAAGCUAAAGGGAUCGAGAGGAACAAUCGAGCUUCUGCAGGGACGACUUGAAGAACAAAAACGAGGAUACGAGGAGCAGAUUGCUCAACUUGAAGCGCAGAUACUAGAGCUGUUCCGUAUGCUCAAAGAACUUGGCCGAGGCGUAGAAGAAAUCGUCGAUCAGAGCCAGACGAUGGACCGAAAGGAGUUGAUGGCGACUCUCGAGAAGCAGCUCCAGCGGAAUAAGACCAUAAGCAUGCUCGAGGGCCGACGUGACUCUAGUCGGAGAAAGACUAGAACUGGUGGACACGGCGUUGAGGAAGAAGGCGACAUUGCGGACGGUGUUGGACCCUCAUCGUCCCCCAAGCGAGGUUCGAAGGUUCUUGGUAGGGGUAAAAAGCAAUCUGCACAUCCCGAAGCCAAUGGAAUACGCGAUUCACAGUUCGCCGACGCGGAUGAAGCUAGUGUGCAAGAACAUAUUGAACAGCGACUAGCAGCGGGUGUGCAAAUGUAUCCUCAACGGGAAGGGACAAUUUCGAGCCCUCGCAAUGCAAGAGGUUCUCCGUGGAAAGGCAAUACCUCGCGUCUUCCUUUGGAUGGGGAUACCAGCAUGCAAUCGCAUGAAAACCGCCUAUUACAUCCUGACAGGGAUUCACGCGUGUCCUCAGAUGGCAAGGAUACUGACAGUGAGUAUCGCCAAUCCAGCAGAAGCGGCUUUACUGCAUAUUCAGAGGAUACUCAAGCUACUUCUGUUGGCUCUCGUCGUUCAGCCGCUGAGAUUUCUCAUACACCCGGCCAAUUAUCCCUUGCGCAAGUGCUUGCCAAUAAAAUGGCUGGCUUGGAUAAGCCGCCUGCUCCAUCGGAUUCCGAGAAGGGCUCUGCUGCACCUCCUGACCAAGAGUCUGCCUCCAAUUUUCCGCCGCCGCCACCUCCACCGCCUCUCCCACCCAUUCAAUCCUUCCCUGCCCCCCCUCCUGCCCCGCCUCCGCCUCCCAAAGGGUUCGUCGCUUCUCCCCCGACUUCCUCUGCUUCUUCUGCUGCUCCACCGCCGCCGCCGCCUCCCUCUGCUCCUUCAUCUCUGCCAGGCUCCGCCCGCCCCUCUAUGUACCUCGGUAUGAACCUGAAUAAUCUGGUCAUGGCAAGGAAAGACAUAGCAAUUGCACCGAACACGAAGAUGAAGCAGUUGCAGUGGGAUAAACUUCCGCAAACACAAGUUGGUAAGACGCUGUGGAAUGAUGAGGAGCCCGGCAAAGAGAAGGAGUGGAUCCAGAAGCUACGAGAACAACGUAUUUGGGAAGAGAUGGAGGAAGACUUCAAGGCGAAGCAGCUCGUGAUUAACCUUAUGGCCAAACAAAAGAAGGCAGAGCUUCGAAGUGUCCUCGAUCCCCAGACGAAGAAACGUGUCGAGAUUCUUAUACAACGAGUUAAGAACCUGCAACCCGAGGAAAUUGCCCUCAAAAUUGAACAGUUCGACAAGGACCUCUGCACUGAGACAUUCCUGCGUGAACUGAAGAAUCUCCUUCCAACUCCAGAGCAGGUCGGGAAACUGAACAUAUACAGGAACGCAGAUGCAGUAGAAUUGAGUGGACUGCAUCCUGCGGACCGGCUCAUGGUCAAACUAAUCCAGAUCGACCGCCUUGGUCCGCGAAUAGAGGCUAUGCUAUACAGGAUAACGUUCGAUGAGAGUCGAUCACUCCUCGAUCAGGGCGCAAGGAAAUUGAUUGAUGCGGGCUCAGGACUGCUGGACGCGAAACACUUCAAAGAACUCCUGAGCUUGAUUUUACUUAUUGGUAAUUAUAUGAAUGGCACUGGUGUCAAAGGAGGCGCAUUCGGUUUCCGCGUCAGCAGUAUAAACAAGGCAAGUCUUGUGGACACGAAAUCGCUCAACAACACGACGCUGUUGCAUUUCCUGGAGAGGACUGUAUCACAACAUUUCCCAGAAAUGGCCGCAUUCCUCGACGAGCUUGAGAAGCCAGCGGACGCAUAUCGAGGUUUGUUUAAUCUACUAGAAGUGAGGAAAGGCUUUGCAGAACUACGGGAUGGUCUCAAGAAGAUUAAGAGCGAACUCGAUGAGCAAUUCUCCGACGCGGAUUUGAAUAGCCCCUUUGUUUCACAGAUGUGGACUUUCGUUGGCAAGGCAAACUCAAAGCUAGAAGAUUUGCAGGACGAUAUUGAGUCUGCAGACACUACGUUUAACAAGGCUGUUAGCUACUACGGUGAGGAAGAUCGAGGAAUGACUUCCACUGAGUUCUAUGGUAUCUUCAAAACUUUCGUGACAAGCUAUAAGAAAUGCCAGAAUGACAACAAGUCUGCUCAGGAGGAACGCGACGCGGCUGACCGACGGCGGAAAGCCGCUGAAGAGGCCAAAGCUAACCGUUCUGCGAAGGCUAGUACCAAUGGUGACUCUGAUGCGGGUGACAAUUCCGUAUUGGAUAACCUUCUGGAGAAGCUUCGCAAUGGCGAUAGUGUUGGCCGUAAGUCCCGUAAAAACCGACAUGUGAACGGGAAGCCUGCUAUGUCGCGCCGGACGAAUUCGAGUAGCAAAGAUGAUGCAUCCGACUCUGCUUUUGAACCGGCUCUGCCUGAAGCUGGUGACAAGACAGUGGACCUUGCGCGAGACAUGUUGGCCGCUUUGAAGUCGGAUGGCUUUGAAGCGUUUACUCCCACAACUUCAACACCGAAGCCGGACCGUGCACAUCGAAGAAGUAGGCCGCGACGGCGGAUAGUGACUGAGUUCGGAGCUGCUGAGGAGAUGGUCACGUCACCGACAUUCUCUGAUGAUCGAAGUAUAGAAGAAGGGUAUAUCUCUGGCGAUCAAUCCCAUGCAUCACCCAGACCCAGAACUCCCUCAGACGCAGGUGACUUUGGUUACAUUCGCGCUGAAGACGCAGACGCAACUAUCAAGCAGCGUUGA